AUGCCAGCUCCUGUGAGGCCUGGCAGUCAGCGGUCCACAUUGGGCCACUCUGGUGGCCUACAAGUGACAUCUGGCCCGCUUGUAGGUCACCAUAGGCUGACUGGGGCCCAGGUCAAGACCUGGGUAGUUGAUAUGAAUCAACUGCCCGACUGUAAGGUCCAGCAGCUCCUCCGGGGGCUAGAGGUGCUGGGGACCUUCCAGCACCCCAACAUCCUGAGUCUCCUGGGCGUGGUGGAGGAGGCCCACUGCCUCCUUGUACUGGAGGAGCAGGCCCAGGGGCAGGACCUGGCCACACUCCUGCUCCAGCGCCCCGUCCUGGCCGAGGCCAAGGCCCGCAGCCUGCUGAGGCAGAUCACGUUCGCCGUCCAGUGCUGCCACCGCCGGGAUCUCAGCCUCGGGGACCUGAACACCCAGUAUGUGCUGGUGACGGAGGAGGGGAGAGUGAAGCUCUCGGUCGUGGAGGCGCUGAUGGGCAGUGUGGGGGUGGCUCUGGACGUGGCCUGGGGGCAGCCCGUCACCAUGGCGCCGGAAGUCCUGCUGGGGCAGCGCCCCUCAACGGCCAGUGACCUCUGGUGCCUGGGAGUCCUCCUCUACAAGAUGACUUUGGGAAACCUCCCCUUCCUGGGGAAAGACUACACCGUGGAGGAGGACAAAAUCCUUCGAGGGGCCCUCCACAUGCCCUAUUCCACCCCUUUUAUCUUACGCCACCUCCUCAGCAGACUACUCCACCAGGACCCCAGGCAGCGGGGCACCACCCAGGACAUCCUGAGGCACCCUUGGACCUCACACGUAGAAUUAGUUACGAUCAGAGUGAGGCCCAAAGGGUGCCCCCAGGAGGAGGAUGGUCCGAGGUGCCCCGCAGAAACUGGGUCUGCACUGGGGACUGCAAUACACAGUGAACCCACCAUCAACAGCUGGAGUUGGAAUGAAGAGGACACAGAGAUGGAGGCCGAGCUUGGCAUGGAGUCCCAAACCCCCACGCCAGAGCUGGGUAGCUGGAAUGAAGAGGACACAGAGAUGGAGGCCGAGCUUGGCAUGGAGUCCCAAACCCCCACAACAGAGCUGGGUAGCUGGAAUGAAGAGGACACAGAGAUGGAGGCCGAGCUUGGCAUGGAGUCCCAAACCCCCACACCAGAGCUGGGUAGCUGGAAUGAAGAGGACACAGAGAUGGAGGCCGAGCUUGGCAUGGAGUCCCAAACCCCCACGCCAGAGCUGGGUAGCUGGAAUGAAGAGGACACAGAGAUGGAGGCCGAGCUUGGCAUGGAGUCCCAAACCCCCACGCCAGAGCUGGGUAGCUGGAAUGAAGAGGACACAGAGAUGGAGGCCGAGCUUGGCAUGGAGUCCCAAACCCCCACGCCAGAGCUGGGUAGCUGGAAUGAAGAGGACACAGAGAUGGAGGCUGAGCUUGGCAUGGAGGCCCAAACCACCACCCCAAAGCUGGGAAGCAGCACUGAGGAAGACACUGAGACGGAGCCCCAGCCUGGGGUGGUGUCUUCACCAUCAGUCACCCCAGAAGACGGCAGCUCAGUCCUUACUCCUGCCUCAGAAAUUCCAGAUCCAGUGCCCCAGAGCUGCCCUCCCUCAUCACCUCCACCCAGCCACUCCAGCCUCACCCCUCCUCCAGAGGGGACCCUGCAAGUCUGGGAAGCAGCUGGGCAGCCUUCCAGAGCCACUGCAACACCCAGAUCCCGAAGGACAGAGCUCUGCAGAGCCAUAAGCAAUGAGGAAACGGAUGCCUCCCAUAGCUGGAAUCUGGGCAGGAUCCAGAAAGAGACCCUCUGUUAUGAAAUGAAACUAAACCCACUAGAUUUAUAUAAAACGUGGAAGAUCCCAAAUACCAAAAGCCAUUCUGAGGAAAAUGAACAAAAGUCAGGUGUCAAAUCACCCAACUGCAAAGUACACCCCAAAGCAACAGGGAUUGAAACAAUAUGCUAUUGGAUAGCCACACAGAUGGCUGGAACAGAACUGAGAGUCUGGAAGGAAACCCACACCAAUAGUGAUACUGAAUCUAAUCCAGAAGAGUCCUGGACAUAA